CAGAAUCUCUAGGAAUCUACCGAAUCAAUACAUCUACCUACAUGGAUACCAAGCGGCGGAGCCUUCUGAAACGAUUAUUCUGGGCCCUCGCCGUGCGGGAUGCCUACUGUGCGGCAUUGUUAGGUCGUCCUUUUCGACUCAACAUAGCUCAGUGCGAUACGGAACCAUUGACCCUGGAAGAUUUCGAACAUGACGAAAAUUGUUGCAAGCAAGAUCAUGGAAAGUGCCUAUCACACGGCCAUUAUCAGAUUCAGGUCUCUAAAUUGUCUCUCAUCCUUCGGAAGAUCGUCGAAGCGCAAUUCGGACCGAGCAAGAAUACCACUCAGCCAACCCAUCUUCACAAUUUGAUGGAUACUUGGCAGGCCGAACUCCCUCGCACUGUGAGUUGGUGGGAGCAGCAAGCUCCAACAACAGACAUCUUUGCGAUGAGCUUGAAAAUCAUUUUUCACCAACAACUGAUUCUCAUCCACCUCAAGAAACGAGAUGACGCAGAAAGUGUAGUAUCUCAGAUUGGAUCACUUCUCCCAAGUGUCUCCCUUUCGUCUACGCAGAUUGCUGAAUCGGCGGCGCAAAUGAUUUCCUCCACAGCGUUCACUAUUAUUGCCAACUCCAUGCUAGGCAUGAUGCCACACGAGAUAUUCUCCGGCUUCUUUGUCGCAGGGAUCGUCUUCUAUCGCGGUAUCAAGCAACUGCAAAACUCGAUCGCUCGUCUCUCCCGCUCGGCGCUCGAUAACUGUCAGAUGGUCAUUAACGAAGCACGAGAGAGAUGGGAUCUAGCGAACUGGGUAAUGAGGAUAUUCGAUUUUUUACUCUCCAGCAGCAGUCCCCCACCUGAAACUGCGACUCAGACGCAAUGGGCGGGAUUGGCACCCGCCAGCUUGGCUCAGAUCCCAGGAUCGGUACCGGCUUGCAACUACAACUACAUGCCAAACAUGAUGCCUGAAGAUGACAUCUUGCACUCGACGGAUUAUGGUUCGCCGACGUAUCAGAUGGGUUCGAUGACGAAUGACUUCCUUCUCAUGUCGAAUUAUUUGCCUGUGCCUCUCGGGGACUCCUCGUUCAUGUCCAUGUAGGAUGCUGGUCGCGGGCAGGGUGGAUAUGGCGUUCUGUGUUGACCGUUCGGGUUGUUUUGAGUUAGGAGUCUUUGGGUAGGGUCUGAGAAAUGGAGCGUUUUCUGGAGUGUGCCAAACAGAUGUCCCUAAAAACCUGUACUUUUAAAAAGUGAACAAAAUGCAAGUAUCAAUUUUCCCA